GGAGGGGGGACGUUUCAGAUGGCUUCGCUCUCCCCGCCUGCCGAUUAGAAACACAACAAAUCCGGCGUUCCAACCGCAUGACAGACAUUUCCACAAAAUAAAGCACCAUAAUACGGUGAGGUCGUCAGCUAUGGGGAAGUCCCAGUCAUUGCUGGCCAGGCACAAAGAGGACACUCAGGAGGGAUUGAUGCCAAACACGGACGAGUACGAUGAGACGCCAGCACAGGACGCAAAGAACGGCGAUGUGUCGCAGUUUCCCUAUGUGGAGUUCACCGGACGGGACAGCGUGACCUGUCCCACAUGCCAGGGCACCGGUCGCAUCCCACGAGGUCAGGAGAAUCAGCUGGUGGCUCUGAUCCCCUACAGCGACCAAAGGCUGAGGCCAAGUAGGACAAAGCUUUAUGUGACCAUCUCGGUGUGCCUGUGCCUACUGCUGUCCAGCCUUGCCGUCUUCUUCCUGUUCCCUCGCACCAUCAACGUCGACUACGUGGGCGUGAAGUCAGCCUAUGUGGGCUACGAUUACGAGAAGCAUAUCAUCUAUCUCAAUAUUACAAAUACUCUCAACAUCAUAAAUAACAACUAUUAUGCCAUAACGGUAACCAACAUCACCGCCCAAGUGGAGUUCGCCAAGACAGUGAUCGGCAAGGCCAAGAUCAACAACAGUACUGUCAUCGUACCUCUGGACCAGCAACAGAUUGACUACACAAUUCCCACUGUGAUUUCAGAGGAGUUAAAUAUGUUCGACUACUGCACGCUGCAGUCCAUCAGAGUGCACAACAUGGUGGUCACGAUGCAGGUUACCGUGACCACGUCGUACUUUGGCCACGCCGAGCAGGUGUCCCAGGAGAUGUAUCAGUAUGUGGACUGCGGAGGGAACACCACGUACCUGCACGGUUAUGUGCAGGUCUUCUAAGAGAACAACAAAAGUCCAACCUAAUCUUACUAGGAAAGGUGAAGCACUAGCUAUUUGGUGCUUUCUUCCUCAAUUAAACAGCCGUGGGGAUGUCUUCAAUAAAACAUCGACCUUACGGCUGCUUGUUUGCCAUUAACAGUGUGGUCAGGCCGAGUAAAACACUUUUAGUUAAAAAACUAACGGUUAUUUUAACAAGAAAAAUGUGUUUUAAUAAGCUUGCACAGUUCACACCAUGGCAUGUUUUUGUCAGCUGGUCUGGACCACUAAACCCCACGGCACUGUCACCUCUGAAAGGUACUUGUUCAAACUCACCAAAUCCCGACUUUUGAAAUAUUUUAGCUUUGAACUCAAAAGUCCGUGAAUGGAGAAAGGUACUUCAGUUAAGUUGACAUCGCAGAUGUUUUUGUGUGUUUUUCCUUAAGUGCAACAUGGACUGUUUAUUUUGCUGUGUUUUGGCAUGUGUUUUGUCUCUGCCCUUGUAGUUUAUUUUGUAUUAUUUCAACUGUUUUAGCAUUUCCUUAGAGUGUGAUUUUAACACAAACGUGAUUGCAGUAAAAUAUAUUUAUAAUGACAAUCUGAUAUUUUUACAUUUAAACUAGAAAGGGGUAUUUAAGGUCACGAGGCAUUCUUGGAGCUGAAUUUUGAACUGAACUGUGGAUGCAUUUUGUCUUUAUUUUUUUUAUGUGGUGGCUUCCUUCCUUGACCCUGCUCUAUGUAACUUGCGAUAUCUUGUUGUUAAAUAUACUUUAAUUGGAUUAAUAAAUUUGUGUU